ACAACUCCAAACGUUUCCUUUCUCUCACAACAAAUCAAAGAUUAAGUCUCUAAUUAGGGUUUUAUUUGUAGCGAAGUAAAGCAUGAUGGCGUCUAUGGAGUUUGUGAAGCCCUUAGGCAAAGGUUCGUAUGGUUCAGUCAAUCUCAUCAAGUUCACUAAACACGACGACUGCUCGAAGCCAUUCUACUACGCUGUGAAAAGUUCGAACGCACAAGACUACGAUUCCCUCAACAACGAGUUUCAGAUUCUAUCGAAACUCAGAGAUUGUCAAGGGAUCAUGCAAACCUUCGGGACAUCUCUGUGGAGAGGAGUCGAUGAUCACGGGAACAGAGUUUAUAGUAUGUCGAUGGAGUACGCAGCUGGUGGAAGUUUAUCUUCUUUUAUCAAAAAAAGGUUGUUGACCGACAGAAUGAUCAGAGACUUCACUCGAAUGAUUCUUCAAGGACUUGUCUCUAUACAUGGUAACGGAUACGUCCACUGCGAUCUCAAACCGGACAAUCUUCUUGUGUUCCCGCGUUAUGAAGAAGCUGCUGUUGGUGGUGGUGGUGUAAUGAAAGAAGUUUCGUACGAGUUGAAGCUUUCUGAUUUUGGGAUGUCGACAGAAGCUGGAGAGGAGUCGGUGUUUUGGGAGUUUGAUUCUCCAUACUUGGGAACGCCUCUUUACAUGUCUCCCGAGUCUGUUAACUACGGCGUCGCGGAGAAGUCGUUAGACCUGUGGUCGUUAGGCUGCGUUGUGUUGGAGAUGUACACAGGAGAGUCUCCGUGGGCGUUGCAAGAUUCUCAUGAGAUUUUACGUCAUCUCUUGGAUGGGAAGUCGCCAGAGAUUCCAGACUCUCUUCCUUGGGACGCAAGGCAGUUUCUACAAACGUGUUUCGCAAGAAAUCCUGUGGUGAGAGGAAGCGCUACGGGUCUGUUGAAGCAUCCGUUUCUUCUUUCUGAUCAGAAGAAAGUGAUGGUUACCGGCGCUGGAGGUAGGAGAAAGCCGGUGGUGGCGGUUCUAAAGUCUAAAGAUGUUAUGAAGAAGCCACUAAGAGUGAAGAUUAUUCCACCAAAGCCACCGCAGUUUAAGAAAGUUGUGGAUAGACCCUUGAGGUUGAAGAUUAUACCUCCGAAACCGCCAGGAUGCAAUCUCGUUUUUGUCCAGUAGAGUAUGUCAGUGUGUUCUGUCGCUUUGUUAGAAGGCGUAGAUGAAGUUAAUACACAGUUGUAAAAAUUGACGUAGAGGACACAUCAAGGAGCAGCCAAGACAAGCGAGACCAAGUUUGGUUCCUGUGUAAGCAUAUUGUCACUUGGCCGCUUGAACCAUCUCUUAACUUUUGAAUUUUUACUUCUUCUCUUUGAAAUCUGAUGUAUCUACUCUUAUAUUCGGUUCUAUGGAGCCUAACUUUGUAACAACACUAGG